GCGCGACUUCCGCCCCGCCCCUCCCGGCAGGAAGUGCAGGCGCGAGACCAUCCGGCCGCAGCCCCCUUCUGUCUGUGCAGCUCGUGUGAACUCGGGGCGGCGCUGCUUCUCGUGUCCGGAGCCGGAACUCAUUCGCCACCAUGUCGAGCAAAAAAGCGAAGACCAAGACCACCAAGAAGCGCCCUCAGCGCGCGACCUCCAACGUGUUCGCCAUGUUCGACCAGUCGCAGAUCCAGGAGUUCAAGGAGGCCUUCAACAUGAUCGACCAGAACAGAGAUGGCUUCAUUGACAAGGAGGACCUGCACGACAUGCUGGCCUCACUAGGGAAGAACCCCACAGACGCCUACCUGGACGCCAUGAUGAAUGAGGCGCCGGGCCCCAUCAACUUCACCAUGUUCCUCACCAUGUUUGGGGAGAAGCUCAACGGCACGGACCCCGAGGACGUCAUCCGGAACGCCUUUGCCUGCUUCGACGAGGAGGCCACUGGCACCAUCCAGGAGGACUACCUACGCGAGCUGCUCACCACCAUGGGCGACCGCUUCACCGACGAGGAGGUGGACGAGCUGUACCGAGAGGCCCCCAUUGACAAGAAGGGCAACUUCAACUACAUGGAGUUCACGCGUAUCCUCAAGCACGGGGCCAAGGACAAGGACGACUGAGAGCCGUGCCUGUCCCACCAUCUCCCGCUCCCCAGCGCCCGCCCCUGCAUGCUCCCGGGGUCUUGCUUGCCUUUCCAUGUAUUUAUUCCAGACCUUCUGCCGUGUAGCGCUUGUAUAAUCAGGCUGGGGGGUGGGGUGAGGUUGUAAAUUGUACUGAAAAAGAGAUUGCGAAUAAAAUCAACAAAUGUGAAAGCCCAGGACAACAUACUGGCAUUUCUGGUUUUGCUGGAUUUUUACACUUUUAUAUAAUAAAAUGCUAUUUUGAAAUAAAGAUGCUGACUCAAA